AUGGAUUACAAAGGAAAAGAGAAAUAUAAUGCCGUCAACUAUGUGACCGGGUUCGCUCAGUGCCUGAUCGAUAGGAACACAUUGAUCGAUCUGCAGAACGAAACAUCGGUAGCGGGAACAAUAGUUGACGUUGAUGGGUUUAUGAAUGUAACCAUGGAAAACGCUGUUUAUAUCGAUCAACUUGGUCGGCAGUAUCUGUUGGACAACUUUGUGGUCUACUCGAAGUACAUACGCUACAUACAUAUUCCGAAAGAUAUGAACAUAGUAGCAUCGUUUGAGCAUUAUCUAAACUCGACGACGGUUAAGAAAAAACCGGUGGAUCGGAAACUCACCUUCCGGCAGAAACGUGCCAUGCAAAGCAAUCUUGAAACGAUGGUUGAGAACAAUAUGGUGUGA